AUCAUCGACAACAAUUUUUUUUACAGAUUUUUUUAUAUCACCCUUAAUAUGCGAGAUAUAUAUAGAUAGCGAGAUAUAUAAGAUAAUAAGCAUCGCGCUCAGUAUAACUUAUUUAGUCGAAAAGUGACCGUCAAAACGAGCACAUUGCGAAGAUAUACAUUAAUAUUGUGUCUGUCUAAAACUCUUGUAAGAAACAAACAAUACCAUGGGCAUGAUCAAGUUGGAGGACAUCACGUUUAAGGAAGCAACGGAGGUAGCUGAAGGAAAUGAGCAGCUUUUCGAAGAGAUGAUCGAUAAACUUCGACAGUGGCUUCAACAGCAAAUACAUCUUCCUCAAGAGAUCUCGAACAAGCGAUUGCAGAGAACUAUUUUAACUUCAAAAUUCAAUCUGGAAAAAGCUAAAAAACGGAUAGACUCGCUGUACACUCUUCGUGCUUUGAUUCCCGAGUUUUUCGCCAACUUUGACCCACUGGGCGACGAUAUUACUCAAUUUCACAAAAGCUUGCAAAUGACACCUCUACCAAAGUUGACGCCGGAAAAAUACAGAGUCAUUUUUGUUCAAGUAUGGAAAGACGCAUCUAUGUUUAGUCUCUCGAAUAUGAUGAAGUAUUUCUACAUGUUAAUGGAUGUACGUACGGAAGAAGACAUGGUUAAUUCUGAUAUUGCAAUUUGGGAUUGCACCAAUUUUACUCUUGCUCAUGUACUGAAAUUCACACCAAACUUGUUAAAAAAAUGUGACCUUAGUAUGGAGGCAUACGGUAUAAGAUACAAAGCAAUUUAUAUGAUAAACUCUCCAUCUUAUAUCGAUCAAUUUGUAAAGUUGAUUAAAAUGUUUAUGAGUCCAAAAUUUUAUGACAGAAUUCAUGUUUUCGAAUCCGGAAUUGAAUCGCUAAAAGGAAUUAUACCAAAAUCCAUUUUACCGGCGGAUUUUGGCGGCGAAGAACUAUCACUGGAUACUUUAACAGAUAUGUGGUGUGCGAAAUUGAAAGAAAAAAGAGACUGGUUAAUAGAACAGGAGAAAUUGAAGGCCAAUGAAUCCCUCCGAAGUGAUGGCGUGAUAAAUCCGGAUGAAUUAUUCGGAGUUGCCGGCAUAUUCCGAAAACUGGAAAUUGAAUGAUUCUACACUCCGAUACCUAUUAAGUACCUAACUAGACAGCUAUUAUUGUAAAACUUGGAAAAUAAAAGUCGUAAACUCUAAUAUUCAAAUAUU